AUGAUUCUGCCCAGGGUUCUUAUCGUCUCUCGACGAACUGUCCGCAAGAACAAGUUUGUUGAUUUUGUGGGAGAAUAUCAUCUAGAUCUCAUCGUUAGCUAUGGAGCAGUGCCUGUGAUCGUUCCAAGAGUUAGUGGAGUCCACAUGCUACUGGAAAGCUUUGAGCCCAUCCAUGGAGUUCUUCUCUGCGAAGGAGAAGAUAUCGAUCCAUCCCUUUACGAUGCAGAACUGUCUGGUUUUUCCCCGGAAGAACUUGAAGAAGUUAGGGAACUGCAUGCAAGUGAUACCGCCAUUGACAAAGAGAAAGACUCCAUUGAACUAAGGCUCGCAAAGCUUUGCCUCGAAAGAAACAUACCGUACUUGGGAAUAUGCAGGGGAUCACAAGUACUCAACGUUGCAUGUGGGGGUACUCUUUAUCAAGACGUAGAGAAAGAACUCUCAAAGCAAUUCCCUGAGCUUCAAAGAGUGACUCAUUCAAAUUAUGAAGAUUAUGAUGGGCAUCGCCACCCAGUAAAGGUGGUGCUGAAUACCCCUUUGCAUCACUGGUUUCAGGAUUCUUUGGAAGAUGAAAAAAUGGAACUCAUGGUGAAUAGCUAUCAUCAUCAAGGUGUUAAGCGAUUAGCUCAGAGAUUCGUUCCCAUGGCUUUCGCUGCAGAUGGUUUGGUCGAAGGGUUUUACGAUCCUGAUGCUUAUAGUCCCGGAGAAGGAAAGUUCAUAAUGGGACUUCAAUUUCAUCCAGAGAGAAUGCGUCACCCAGAUUCUAAUAACUUUGAUUAUCGUGGAUGUCCUUCUGCAUACCAGGAAUUUGUGAAGGCAGUAAUUGCUUACGAGAAGAAACUUAAUUGCUCAGCAUCUGUGCCAAAGGGUCCAAAGCUUAAUCAAGAACAGGAAAUUACCAAGAGAAACAUGAUUCUAAAAAGUUUUUCGACUGCAGAAAGCUUGUGCAUCUCAGGGAGUAGUGGAAUGGUUUGGGCCCACAAAUCCGAACUGGAAGUUGGAGCCGAGUUUUUGGAGGAAAUUACAGCAUUGAGCUUGAAGCAGAUGGGCGCAACAGUGAGGAACGCAUCGUUGUACACGCAGAGAUUAAAGUUCACCGCUGAAAGGGAAAGAGUUGCAAGGACCAUAAUGGAGAGGAUGUCAAUAGCACAGUUGUCUGAGUUAAUGUCCAUCUACCGCAUCAUGCGCCAAAUAUGUUCAGAGGCUUUAGAGAAAAAGGUUCAAGACCUGAUGAUAGAAGAAGAUUGAAUUUCGAUGUAGUUGUUAAAACCCUCGCACCAGUGACAACUCAUCCAUCUCCUUGAUGUGUUGAUCUUUGGGAUCAUUUUUUUUUUCUUUUUUCAGUACUUUGGGAUAAGUUGUUCUGUGGGAGAUUGUUUGAAAAUGAUUUUCAUGUUGAAUUGGUAUGUAAAAGACAUUAGAACAGACGAUUGAGCUAUCAAGAAUGAAGAGAGCUCCCAAAACAUGAAUAUAUAUAAAAGUUCAUCAAAAAGAAACUCGAGUUUCCCGAAUUAACAAUCAGAAACAUCCCCAGCAAGCAUUUAGUUGAAUGAUAAAAAAGAAAUUACAAAGUUCUUCAGUCGAAGCAGUUGAAGAA